CGUAAAGACACUAGAGAUCGGGUUUUUCACGCGAUUUUUGCCAAAAAUAGCGCUAUAAACAGCACUGCAGGGGGUUGCUAGCAAGGAGAGGUAGCUCAACACGCCAGCGGAGCACCUCAGUGACAGCGAGCGAGUGACAGACGCUUGUCGGCCGCGGCAAGCACCGAGUCCGCUGCACGCCGUCGCCGCGUCGGCGCAGCGGCGACCUCGUGCGUCAAUCGCGCGCGCCGGACGCUCGCAAGCACCACCACCAACACAAAGAUGGAGCUCCCCCGCCCGCCCGCCUGGUACCGCGACGACGACCUCGUGCCGCCGCGCCCGCCGAAAAAUAAGAAAUUAAGGAGCUUCGGAAGCCCCGACGAGGACGACAGCUUCUGGGAGGCGGAGCGCCCCGUCGCGGAGCACUGCGCCGUCAUCAAGAGGUUGAAUCGCGAGGCGGUGCGCUGCUUCUGCGAACUGCUACGGUUGGCCGCGUCGAGCGAGGCCUUCGACGCCGAGCAGCAGGUCGAGUCCAAGGGCGAAGCGCUCCAGAAGCUCUUCGACGAGAUGCACUCCGAGGUCGGGAAGCUGCGCAUCCCCGAGGCGCGCUCGAAUCUAAAGCAGCACCUCGAGGAGGAGGCUAGACAGCGGCGCGCGACGGCAGCUCGAUUGAGGGCGGCCGCCGCCGACGCGCGGCAACAGAUCAAGGAGAUGCUGGCGGGGCCCGACGCGCCGCCGUACACGGACCACGAGGAGAGCGAGGAGGCCGUCGUCGAGCGGGCGGUGCUCAUUUCGGAUAGGAUCCGCGCGCACGAGGCCGCGGAGCACGCGCGCCUUUGUUUGGAGGGCAAGGCGCCGCCCGAGGAGCCCCUCGACGAGCCGGAGUCGCUCGAGGACGGGCUGAAGGAGUUGGUGGAUGCCGUCAAGGAGGCGUGCGUGGCCGCCGAGGCGCAGGACGCGGGGCGGCGGGAAAGGGCGGCUCGGAGGUAAAAAUGUAGGUGUGUG